GCAAUUGCAAGCAGAUAUAUUAUUUAUAUAGGUUUUUGUGUGUAUAUAUAUAAUAGGUCUUCUUCUUCUGGCUUGUUUUUGGUCUCUGCAUCUAGACAUGAUUCACCCAAACUUUUCUCUCAUUGUUGUUCUCUCUUUAGUCUUUGUCUCUGCAAUAUCGGCGGAGACUUUCUCGCCGGGAUCGGAUGGUGAGGAUCAGUUGAUUAGGCAGGUGGUGGAUGACCAGGAUCAUCUGCUGAGCUCGGAGCACCACUUUUCGUUGUUCAAGCGGAACUUCCAGAAGGUCUAUGGAUCGCAGGAGGAACACGACUACCGGUUCGGCGUGUUCAAGGCUAACCUUGGUCUCGCGGCGCGGCAUCAGAAGUUGGACCCGAGUGCUGUCCAUGGGGUCACUCAGUUCUCCGAUUUGACUCCGGCUGAGUUCCGGAGGACGUUCCUGGGGUUGAGAGGGCUACGAUUUCCCAAGGAUGCGAACAAGGCGCCGAUUCUGCCUACUACUGACUUGCCGGAGGAUUUUGACUGGAGAGAGCGUGGAGCGGUCACCGCUGUCAAAAACCAGGGAUCUUGCGGAUCAUGCUGGAGUUUUAGCACAACUGGAGCCUUGGAAGGAGCUCAUUUCCUUGCCACUGGAGAACUUGCCAGCCUGAGCGAGCAACAGCUCGUGGAUUGUGACCAUGAGUGUGACCCUGAAGAACCUGGUUCCUGUGAUGCUGGGUGCAAUGGCGGGCUCAUGAACAGUGCAUUUGAGUACACACUGAAGGCUGGUGGACUUAUGCAAGAAGAAGAAUAUCCCUACACUGGUACCGAUCGUGGGAAAUGCAAAUUUGACAAGUCCAAGAUUGUAGCAUCAGUGGCGAACUUUAGUGUUGUAUCCCUCGAUGAAGAUCAAAUAGCUGCAAAUCUUGUGAAAAACGGUCCUCUUGCAGUGGCCAUCAAUGCGGCAUACAUGCAGACAUAUGUGGGCGGAGUUUCAUGCCCAUAUAUCUGCUCAAAGCGGCUGAAUCAUGGAGUGCUACUUGUGGGGUAUGGUUCAGCUGGUUAUGCUCCAAUCCGGAUGAAGGACAAGCCAUACUGGAUCAUCAAGAAUUCGUGGGGUGAAAACUGGGGAGAAAGUGGAUAUUAUAAGAUAUGCAGAGGUCCCAAUGUUUGUGGAGUGGAUUCAAUGGUCUCCACUGUUGCUGCAGUCCAUACCACUUCAGAAAAAUAUCACUAGCAUCCAGUCACAGUUUAAUCAAAUACUGGAUGUUUGUAUGUAUAUAUGGACAUCUUCAUUAUCAAUUUGGGUCUUGUACUGUUUUAUCAUUUGUAUCCUCCUAAUGGGGCUUAAACUGCAAACUCGACCGAUUAUUGUCUUUAUCAAAGUCCUUUGUACUGCAAGUGCGCGCAAUGCAUUCUCUCA